UCUACACGUCGCUGUGUGGAGGCUGAGUCUGUUUCUUGCCUCCUGAGUUUUCUCUUAACAAUUUUGGUCCUUCGAGCACAGGAGGGAAAUAUCGAAUAGAUUGUUCGUGACUCCUGAACCAGAGGUCCACACUGCAUCCUGACGUCAUGGGAAACCUGGCACCGUUAAGUCUGUCGACAGCCCUCCGAGAGGAGGAUAAAAAAUCUAGGACGUGAAUUCGGGUCUAGGUCGGUGACUUUAGCUCCGGGCCACGGCGGUGGGAUCCAGUGAGUGACCUCAACAUUACUCCAGAGAUUCCAGGAGGGGCUACAACCUGGUGACUGGAUCCUGGUCCGAGAGCUGAACAGGAAGUCUUGGAGUGAGCCAAGGUGGAAAGAGCCAUACCAAGUCCUGAUUGUGACCCCCACUGCUUGCAAAAUAGCAGAGCGCCCGUCGUGGAUCCACCAAAGCCACUGUAAAAAAGUGAGUGACAGCUUUGCCUAGAGACGCCGACGCCCCUACUCUCUGGUAAUCUAAUAGGUGAAGGAAGGGCUGAUGGGGUAUAUCCCACCCUUUUCUUCUUGCCUUUAGUCUACUUAUCAGAGGGGUUAGGUGCGCCAGCUCGACAUGAAGAAGCUGUUCCUCGCCACACUUGCUCUUGCUGUGCUGGUCACAGCAUGUUUUCUAUUGCUCCGCCCGGAUCCGACACCACACCAGAAGAGAGCUUGGAUGCAUGACAACUCACACCUGGACAAGAUGACUCAAGACCACAAUCACCCAUGGAUGAACAAUGCCUGGUACAGAUAUGUGUACAAUCGCACCACAGAGAGAAGCUGCUAUAUUUGCUCACACAUGCCUGUAACCUCAGUUCAUGCAAGUAUCUUUGGUAAAACACCAAACCCCAGUCAGAGUAUGUGUAUCAUGUUUAAAGCACUAACAGGGAAUUGCAGCGACAGAGGCAUGGUGCUUUUGAAAGCAGUUACAGCCUCACAGAUGAGCUACAAUCUCCCUGCUUGUGUGAACCAAACCACUGAAAACGCACACCGCAGAAGAUCUGAUUGCAUACAGAAUUUUACAACAACAAACUUCACGUGUGAUGAAGAAAAUUGGGUAAACAUCGACGUGUCAAACAAGAGAGUAAUGACAUUCCCAGUUUUCCUGAAAGGUGAGGAAAGUCAUCCCAUAUGCUUCAACUUCUCACAUGGUAGCAAGAAGCUUGGAAAAACUCGGAACUGCAGCACAGUUUUUAACAUGUCAACAAGCGGAACAGUUCAAUUUGAAAAUGGAACAUUUUGGGUUCAAGGUGCUGCAUGGGUUUGUGGACCUAAAACCUAUUUCAUGCUUCCCCCGAACUCGACAGGUAUGUGCGCACCGAUUCUCAUCUCUGACCACACCUUCAAAGUGACUGCAACAACCAAGGACAGCAGACGAAACAGGGAUGUGAUUGAUGUACAACCACAUGACGCAGUAUGGGGUAGCGAUGUGCCUGAAGAAUUUAAACACUGGUCCACUGGAACCAAAGUACUUUUGGCCCUUUUCCCCUGGGUGGGAACAGCAAAGAACACGUUACGCUUAGAAACAUUAGACUAUCGUUUCGGUUUCUUUUUGAAUGCUUCUUGCAAAAUAAAAAAAGCACAGAAUGAAGAGAUAGAUGCACUCAGAAUUUCAGUAAUGCAACACAGAGUCGCCUUAGAUAUGCUGUUGGUGGAAAAAGGCGGGCUAUGUGUUCUGUUUAACACCACUUGUUGUACUUACAUUCCAGAUGAUGUACAUUCUAGCAACAUGACAGAUGCCCUACAACUACUUAAAAAUGUUCAACAAGCACAGGUAGCAGAUUGGACCGCCAGCAAACCAGACUGGUUGGGCUGGCUGAUGAGCGGAUCCUGGAAGGCACUGUUGAUUAAAGGUCUGAUAUUUGUUGGAAUACUUUUAUUAUUGUUUUGUAUUUUCACCACAUAUAUUAUCCCAUGUAUCAGAGGAAUGAUCUCUAGGAUGAUUAACCAUUCGAUUGCAGCAUAUGUAAACGUAACUCCGGAGGACGAAGACGAUGAUACCGAUGAUAAAAGUGUAGAUAAAUACUGAUCUGAACACACAUAAUGAUGACUAGACUGAAAAUGCAAAAUGCAAGUAGUCAUGUUCUGAUAUAACCUGUGUGAUUCAUAUACAGUUUAAAUUUGCUAAAACAGGAGGGAUAUGUUAAAGGAAAUUUGUAUUCUUCUAUUACUGUCUGUACUCUCAUAGUGUUUAGCUUCAUUUAAACUUAGUGUGUGUGUGUGACAUGAGGAGUAUGAUUGAAAUCAUAAAGAGGAAGUUGCACAAAUGAAAGUAGAAAUGUUCAAGGCCACAUCCUGAUAUGGCCAACAAACUCACCGAACUCACAUAUCUUAAGUCUCCAUAUAGGGAUAUAGAGUUGUUUUUCAUACUUUGUAUGCUCCGCCUAAGAAUAUGAUACAAGCUGUUUGCCUAUAUAAUAAAGAACAAGCUGAUGCCUCGGCGCGAAUCCUCCGUGACACGUCUUCUACACGUCGCUGUGUGGAGGCUGUGUCGUGGCAUCGCCCAUGU